AUGGUAGAUUUAACUUUAAAGAAGGCAAGACGUAACUGGAAGAAUACUAAAGGUACUUCACCAUCUCUACCGAAAUGGCCAACUUCACCCUCAAAGACAAAGAAUAAAGCUGAAGAGCAGCCUGAUAUGGAGCAGGAGCCUGUUGAACCCGCUGAAUUACCAACUAUGAACUCUAAACAAAAGACUAAAGUGGCUUCAUCCAUGCAGAGAAGAUUAUCGGUGCACAAUCCAAACUAUGUUCCCCCUAAAUUGGACUACUCAAUUCCAUUGCCUUCAACUUCUUUAGAUAGCUAUCAACAACUGCAGCAGCCACCUCAAGGUCAAUUACAUCCACAACAGCAGUAUCAACAAUACCAGCAAUCCCAAUCUUACGGAGAAUAUCCUUCGAAUGCAUCUAAAGAGGCUGCUGUAGCAGCGGUAGCACCUCAAAGGAUGGCUAAACCCCGUCAUCAGCCUUAUCGUUCACCCGUACCACAAAGUUCACGUAAUUUUUCAGGUCCUGGUGCUGCUGUGCCACCACAAGUAAUGAAUCCAAUGUCCUUAAGGAAGAUUUUAUCUGACCCUAGAUUUAAUGCCAAAAGCUUCUUUCAACAUGCACUAGGUGAUGCAAGUGCUGUGGAAAUUGAUCGUUUUACCUCUAGUUUAAAUACAUUGGCUAAUGAAGUACAAGAAGAGGCCAAGGAAAAUAUUAACAAGUCCUACAGCGAGAUUUUAACUGUGAACAACGAUUUAAGAGUAGCUAGUUCGGAAUUGAAACAUUUGAGAUUAAGUAUUAAGGAGCUGAAUGAAAUGAUGGAUCAAUUUCUUACUUUAGCGGAAAAAAGAUUGGAAUCUCAUCAACAGCAACAACACCCACAAUCUCAAAGCACCGUAUCUUCAUCUUCCCAAGUGGCUAAUGGAUUGUUACCACCAAUGCGUGCAAAUACAACAAGUAAAAGGGAUAGAAGUAGUGUUGCCAUUUUGGAGAAAAUUUGGGAUAACCAAUUGACAGAAUUGUUUAAAAGUGUGGAGGGCUCUCAAAAACACUUAUCACCUAAGCCUGGUAGGCACAUUUUAAUGGAGACUGGAGACUGGAUGGAACUGAAUAUUGCCACUUUAAAACCAUUACAAAAUGUACACAUCUUUAUCUUGAACGAUACCGUUCUAGUAGCAGGUAGAGCCAGGGAAAAGCAAAAAGAUCUAGUUGUUUCUCAAUGUGCACCUCUCAGAGACGUAUCUGCUGUAUUGGAAGGUCGUACCGGAGAUAGAUUAACAUUUACUUUCGGAAGUAAUAUUAAAUGUCUUUAUCAAAGCCGGGAUUCUAAAGAAUGUGCCCGUCUUUUGAACAUAUUCAGGAGAGCUAAGGACGAUCUACGGGAUGUCUUCUUAGCAGAGGAAGCUAAUGCCCGAAGAAUCAGAGAAUCUUUCAAUGUUCUCUCAAGUAACCAGACACCAGGCAAAGAAAAUUCGAAGAGUCCUUUGAAGAAUCAAAGACUCAGUAUGGGUAAUAGUGUCGGCGGUUUUACGUCAAAUAGAGCAAGCGAUCUUAUGGAAAACCAUGUUCUCGAAAACAUUACAAUGUCAAUGCAUUCUCGUGGUCGUUCCAGAGAUGCUAGUUCUGUCUCUCAAAGGUUACGAGUGUUAGACGAUUUAUUGGAAGAAAUUGAAAUUGAUUUAGAAAGGCUGAAAUUUGAUAAGGCUGUUGAUUCCCUGAUAGAUCUAGAGUCUCAAUUGGCAGAACUAUCGUCGCAGGUAGAUCGUGAGGAUAUAAUUUUGCACAGUUUCUUUGUUUUGAAAUCUGAAAGGAGCCGUGAGAACAUCUGUCAAAAAUUGUUGCACAACAUCAACUCCAACCAAGAAUUGCCUCGUCUCAUACCCGCUGUAAAAAAUAUGGUUAAGAUGGGUUUACCUGAAGAAAGUUUGGAUGCUUUCUUGCAAAACAGAUCCAAUUUGAUUCAAUCUCUGAUCUUGCAAAUAGGGUCCGUGGACAAUCCAACAAACUAUUUGACUCAGAUUGCGGUGAUCCGUUUUCAAACAAUUAAAAAGACGGUCAAAAAUUUCAGAGAUAUCUUCCAAGAGGAUGCAGAUAAAUUUUCAUCCAUCCUCGUCAACUGGUGUAAAGACGAAGCUGAUGAACAUUUCAAGUUAAUUGACAAACAGCUUCUUAACGACGAAAUGCUCUCCCCCGUAUCCAUACGGUCCUCAAGAAAACAGAUCGAUGGCCUCAAGUCAGUGGGACUUGAUUUCGUAUACAAAUUGGAUGAAUUCAUUGAAAAAAAUAGCGAUAAGAUACGUUGA